AUGCUUUCCCAAAUUGGAACGAUACCAUAUAUACUAGGGGACAAGAUAUUGGGUUUGGCAAGAUUUUUUCUUGGGAUUGGAAUCCUUGGCAAUAGCAAGGAUUUAUAUCACCAAAUUGAUGCUUUAGAUUGCUUAGAUCAAAACAGGCAAACUUGUGCAGGUGCUGUUGUGCUUACUGACCUUGUAUUUUGGUGCCUAUUACUCCCGUUUCAGUCUGGCGAUGGCUUCAAGCUUACCCUGUUGAUUGGUUGCAUGCACUCCCUGAAUGUUGUUUUUCUCCUCCUGGAUUCUGCUCUCAACAACCUAGUACUUUGGCAUCGCUUUAGUUCACCUUCCAUGUUACGGACUAUAUGUUUGGCUUGUGAAAGUGAAAGCAUCGAUGCUGUCAAAAAUGUUUCCGCAAGCAUUUAUAGUCCAACGUGUGGUUUUCGUUUACAAUCUACUAAGGAGAAAGAUCACACAAAAGGGGUAAUCCCGGGAAUCUCAAGACGGGCAGAUUUAUGGUUAGGUACAGUCUUGAUGAAUAAAGGUGCCCGAGUGAAUACAAAAAGACGGGUCGGACCCGUACCUGGUGUCGAUAUUGGUAAUGUUUUCUUUUUCUGA